UGUUAGUCAAUCUCAAGUUCCAACAACUCUCUAACACACCUUCACCAUAUGAACACUAAUCAAAUCACAUCCAAACAGUCACCAUCACCAUCCACCACCCCUUGAUCUCUCUCUGUGUGUAGGACCAUCAAACAAUGCAGAAAUGGCUCUGCACAGGCAACCAGGAGCCAGCUUCUUCGACAAACUUCCAACCGAUCAUGUCUCCCUCGGUGUUCGUCCCCCUCACUUCAAGCAAUCGCGCCCUAAUCGCCGUUUCAGAACCCGUAGGGUUUCUGUUCGUGCGUUCGUGAUUGUUGUUCUCACACUCAUAUGUUUUGUUUCUGCUUCUGCUUUCUUCUUUUUGGCCAAAGAUGAUAAAGAUAAGGACGAUUUCACUGUUGAAACUGACGAAUUUGGGACUGAUCUGGACUUCCUUGCAAACGUGACACGAACAGAAAGAUCAAAGAUUCUUAAGUUUGGUCAUGGUUUUGUUGGCCACGGUCGUGAUUCUAGGUACUGGGAUAAGGAUGAUAGGAGAAGAGACGAAGAUUAUGACGAGGAUUUAGCGGUCCAUUCAGAAACCGGUGUUCAUGAUGAAUCUCAUGUUAAUGAUAGUGUACAGUCGAAAAUACACGAUAGACAAAAGAAGCUAUCUGAAGAAAACAAAAGGAGGUUGAAUCACAGGGUGACUGGUUUGUAUAACGAAGCAGGGCGUAAUGAGCUGAAGAUGUAUGAAAAGGAGUAUGAGGCCUCUUUAAAGGGUGCUGCAGUAUCAAAAAAUGAUGAUGAAGAUGAUAUGGAUGAUGAGUAUAAUGAUGAGAUUGAUAUGCAUGACAUUCGACUUGAAGACUAUAACACUGGCCUAGGAAAUGAUCAACAUUCGGCUGUAAAAGUAUCUCAAAGUGUAGACGGUGGAGAAAAUUCAGGCAAGGAUGAUACUGAUAUGUCAGUUAAUGAAACUAACCGUGGUUUAUCUGUGGAUGUUUCGGAUUCUGAUAAACUCAAUACUAAUGCCAGUGAUAUCGGUGUGAUUGACGAGCAUUCGUCAAGACGUGCCAUUUCUGAGAGGACAAUUGCUUCCAAGAAGAGGCCAAAGCGAAGAAAAUAUUCAGGUGCUUGUGAGAUGAAAGUGCUGAAUUCAACCAUGAAGCUUGUGGAGCCUUCCGAAAAUCGGAAAUUUGCAAGAUUUACAUUGAGUUACACAGAACUAGAAGAGAACAUUAACAAGUUGGAACCAUGGAAUCCUCGAUUUGCGGGGCAUCAAAAUCUAGAACAAAGGGAACGCUCGUUCAUCGCACAUGAUCAGACACUACAUUGUGGGUUUGUGAAGAGCCCUAAAGGAUAUCCUAGUACAGGAUUCGACUUAGAUGAUGAGGAUGAAGCUUAUAUCAGUAGCUGCCAUAUUGCUGUUGUUUCAUGCAUAUUUGGAAACUCUGAUCGUCUCAGAUCACCCAUGGGGAAAACGGUUUCUCGUUAUUCAAGGAAAAAUGUGUGUUUCGUGAUGUUCGUAGAUGAUGUUACUUUACGAACUCUUUCUUCUGAAGGACAUAUGCCAGACAGAAUGGGUUAUAUUGGUAUAUGGAGGAUUGUGGUCGUAAAGAAUCUUCCAUACACUGACAUGCGAAGAGUAGGAAAAAUACCAAAGCUUUUGGCACACCGUCUUUUUCAAAAUGCAAGGUACUCCAUUUGGUUGGAUAGCAAGCUCCGGCUCCAACUGGACCCGUUACUCGUCUUGGAAUAUUUCUUGUGGCGAAAAGGUCACGAGUAUGCAAUUUCCAACCACUACGACCGCCAUUGUGUUUGGGAAGAAGUUGCCCAAAACAAAAAGCUCAACAAGUACAAUCAUACCGUAAUCGAUGAACAAUUUGCCUUUUACCAGGCCGAUGGCUUGACAAAGUUUAAUCCAAUGGAUCCUCAAAAGCUUCUCCCAAGCAAUGUACCGGAAGGUUCUUUUAUUGUAAGGGCCCACACGCCGAUGUCAAACCUGUUCUCGUGCCUCUGGUUUAACGAGGUUGAAAGAUUCACACCUCGUGAUCAGUUAAGCUUUGCGUAUACAUACCAAAAGCUACGGAGGAUGAACCCGGAUAAGCCCUUUCACUUUAGAAUGUUCAAGGACUGUGAGAGGCGAAAGAUAGCAAAGUUGUUCCGGCACAGGUCAGAGGAGACACGAUAUACACUUGCGCAAGAGAUCGAGUGAACCUGAUUUUUUUUUUGUUAUUAUACAUGAAACACUGUUUUUGGGCGCUCAAGAUCGUGAAGAGACGUGUAUCUGCUGGUAACGCCAUCAGUCAUUGUAUAUGUUUCAUUUGAAGAAAUAACAGAAGUGAACGAUCAGUUACCAGUAAAGAUAUACGCAAAUAUAGAACCCGGGUGCAAAACCAGUAGGUGCUUCUGUGUUUAAGUUUGUAUAAAAACAUUGGCGAUGGCUUUUGUAAUUGUUUUUUACUUGUUUUUUUUUCGACAUUUUUGUUCCGUGUUUUAUAGAUAUUACUAGAUUAGUCGGUAUUUUUUAUGUAAGAACAUUCUGACUGUGAACCGAGAUCCAUUCUUUUUGGUAAUGCUGUUGCUUGUGAACCGA